UUCACUCUUUAUAUAUAUCUCUCUUCUUUAACGUUUUCUCUUCAUGAUUCAGUCUUGAGAGAGAAAGAGAUGAAGACGAUGUAUGAGCUUAUCAAGGGAGAAGACAAUCCGAAUUCUAGAAAAACCUACACAGUUAAAGACAUAGAAGGAGGAGGAGGAGGAGGAGAUGCAUCCACAGCUUCAACUUCCAAGAAACAUCAGUCACAGCGCCUCGCGUCGCUUGAUGUUUUUCGCGGUGUUACAGUCGCGACGAUGAUAUUCGUGGACCAUGCCGGCGGUCUAUUUCCGGUGAUCAAUCACUCUCCAUGGAAUGGUAUCACUCUUGCAGAUUUUGUAUUCCCAUUCUUCUUAUUUAUCGUCGGAGUUUCACUUGCACUUGCUUAUAAGAAGCCGGAGCUCCGGUGUACUGCAACAAAGAAGUCAAUUCUUCGGGCAAUGAAGUUAUCAUUACUAGGGUUACUUCUCCAAGGAGGUUACCUUCAUAGGGUUUUUGAUCUUAGCUAUGGGGUCGACUUAACCAAAAUUAGGUUAAUGGGUAUAUUACAACGAAUUGCAAUUGCCUAUUUGGUAUCUGCAUUAUGUGAGAUAUGGCUGAAGAGUAAUGAAGAAGACAUGGAAAAUUCUAGGGCAUCUCAUCUGUUAAGAUAUCGUUUUCAAUGGAUUGUGGCCUUUACCUUAAGUACAAUAUACCUGAUUUUACUAUAUUACCUAUAUGUACCUGAUUGGGAAUUUCAGAUUAAUGAGAAGGGUUCAUUGAAGACAUUUAAAGUGAAUUGUGGAGUUAGGGGUGACACUGGACCUGCUUGCAAUGCCGCCGGGAUGAUCGACCGGAGAUUAUUAGGGAUUCCACAUUUAUAUUCAAAACCAGUAUAUGCUCGAACGGAGCAAUGCAGUAUCAAUUCGCCGGAUUAUGGGCCACUUCCUAGUAAUGCACCUUCAUGGUGUCAAGCUCCAUUUGAUCCAGAAGGUCUGUUAAGCUCAGUAAUGGGGAUUGUUAGUUGCUUAAUUGGGUUACAUUUUGGGCAUAUUAUUGUGCAUUUUAGAGAACACAAGGAGAGGGUUUUAAAUUGGAUGAUACCUGCAUCAAUUCUAGUAGUAUUUGGAUUUAUGUUGAAUCUUUCUGGGAUGCAUUUUAAUAAGGCCCUUUACAGUUUAAGUUACAUGUGUGUAACAACCGGUGUCGCCGGAAUUUUCCUCGCCGGAACUUAUAUGCUAGUGGAUGUUUAUGGGUGGCGGCGGCCAACAAUGGUGAUGGAAUUGUUGGGGAAGCAUGCAUUGUUGAUUUUUAUCCUUGCAGCUAGCAAUGUUGUACCUAUUUUUCUACAAGGGUUUUACUGGAAGAAGCCUGAGAACAACAUUUUGAGAUUAAUAAUUGGGAGUUGAUGAUCAUGACAAGAGAUAUAUAGGGUAGAUUAAGUCAUUGAUUAUUGCCUUUUCCGGCAUUUUCGCCGGAACUUGGUUAUUGAUUCCGGUUGAUCUAUGACUUGGUAGUGAUAUGAUAUGAUUUAAUUUGUACA